AUGGCGAUGUCCAACGAACAGUUUCAGAUGUUCCUACAGACCAUCACGGCUUCUAAACAAAGAACUUUUGCAUCCUGCAACAUCACCUACAGUGGGAAAAAGGACACGGAUGCAGUUGAGGCAUUUUUAGCAGCAGCUACCACCUACAAAAAUGUGGAAAAAUUAAGUGACUCAGAUGCGCUUCAGGGACUUCCACUUUUUCUACGUGAAGAAGCAGCGGUUUGGUGGCAAGGCGCACAAACCGGUGUAGAAAAGUGGGAAGAAUUUUGCAACAAAUUGCGCCAUACUUUCGCUCCCCGCAAACCAGCGUAUAUGAUAUGUCACCAGAUCACACACGGGGCCCAGGAGUCAGAUGUCACAACGAAAGCAUUUAUUGCCAAGAAGCGGGCAUUGUUCGCAUCUGUUUGA